AUUUUAACUGUCAAAAAUUAGCAUCGAAGUUGUUUAUUUAUGUUUGAGUUUGAUUCGGAAUCCGGAUUUUUAACUGAUUUUGAUUUGCCGGCCCAGUUUCCGACAUCCGCGCACGAUGACCGAGAUUGAGGAACUAACCCGGUGCCGGUUGUGCUUCUCGCCGAACAACCUGACGGACGCGGUAUUUCCCGCCACGGGCGAUCCCAACGAGGAGCUGAUGGGGAUGAUUUACGCGUGCACCUCGGUCCGGAUCAGCUUCGAGCGGGACUUUCCGUGCGCCGUGUGCAGCAGCUGCGUCCGCAUCGUGAACCAGUUUUACGCGUUCCGGCGCAAGUGCCGCAGCAACGACCGGGAGCUGAAACGGACGCGCGGGCAGAAGGGUUUCGACGAGGGGAGUGAGGAGGAGGAAGAUGACGGGGGGAACGAUCCUUUGGGGAGCGGAAGGAUGAAGUGGGAAGCUGGAGGAGAUGAUCGGUUCUAUGGGAAGAUGAAGCAACAGAUUCAGAGUUAUCUGAAGAAGCAGGUUGCCGAGCUUGAGAAGAGGGCGUUGGCCAUGGUUCGAGAGGGACUAAAGAAUACGAAUGGAGGAGACGUUUCCGGAGUUCAAGCCAGCGCAUUACAAAUGACUGUUGAGGGUGCUUUUGGAGGAAAUGAAAUGAUGGAACAGAACGAUUCUAACGGAUACGAUGCAUUCCAAGACUACGAUGGAGAUGAUGAACCACUAGAAGACGAUAAACCUAAAGAUGACAGCAAAAACAGUCUGUUGACCGACGGAACGGACUGGAAGACGAAAUACGAGACACUGCAGAAGAAUAAUGACCUGCUUCAGAAAGCAUUCCGGGAUCAGCGCAGCAAACUGAAGGACACCGAGCAGCUGCUGAAAACUGUCAAACGGCAGAAAUCUUCCGGAAAUUUCACGGAUACGUCCAACGCUCCCGAGGGCGUUGGUUUUAAGACACAUCCGGCCAUUCCGGAAGUAUCGCUGCAGUUCCUGCAGGACCUGAACUACAAAUCUGGUCCCGGGGAAAAGGGUGAUCGAUGCUUUAUCAGCAAGCUUGCGGUGGCCGUGUUUGGGGUUGACACGCUGGUCAACUCCAGCGUUACUGGACGGCCGUCGAACGCUCACCGGGACCUGCCACCGAAGCCAUCGUUGUGUCCGCAGAAAAUGGCCGCCAUUGGACUGAAGCUCUUCGAGCGUGUCCAGCUGGAGGUGGGCGUCGCAAACCAGGAGGAGCUGCUGGCCCGAACGACGGACCGGCUCGUGCGGCUGACCGUGUGCCAAAAGUCGAUGAAUCUGCGCAAGCAGUUUUUCAAGCACAACGGCAGUAGCAGCGCCGACGGAACGGGCACCGGGAUGGACGAGGAGUAUCUGGAGGAGCAGGUGCCUGCGACGAAGAAGCGUCGGCGUUAGCAGUUAAACAUGCGUAUUGGGCGAAUGUA